AUGGCAGAGACAAUCUCAAAGAAGCCAUGGCUUCUGUCUAUUCGGUCGUCCGAGCGUUUCAUUGUUAUAGUUGUGACCAUGGCCAUGACUACUGAUGUGCUUCUGUACAGUCUGAUCAUCCCGAUUAUUCCCAAGUCUUUGGUCGCACACGCAGGCGUUCCGGAAGAAGAUGCUCAAUAUUGGAUCUCGAUUUUGCUUGCGGUUUACGCCUGCGCCCUUUUGAUUGGAUCUCCCGUGAUCGGGUAUGUAGCAGAUCGCGUACGGUCGCGUCAGAUUCCCUUUGUUCUUGGUCUGGCAGCUCUAGCUGUAUCGACUGGCCUGUUUGCUCUCGCGAACUCUCCUGCAACUCUCGUCAUCGCGCGAGCGUGUCAAGGUCUAUCGGCCGCCACUGUAUGGGUGGUCGGUCUGGCCAUGCUUGUUGAUAACGUUGCUCCGGAACGUAUGGGUGAAGCAAUGGGCAACACGAGUACUGGCAUGACGCUGGGUUCCCUCCUCGGCCCGAUGCUUGGUGGUGUAACAUAUGAGGAGUUUGGAUACUAUGGCGUUUUCAUUCUGCCUUCUUUGAUGAUCGUCCUGGAAAUCUUGUUGAGACUGACUAUGAUUGAGAAAUCUACGGCCAAGAAGUGGGACGAUAAUCUAAUCGGAUCGAAGAAUACUUCUUACGAGACCUUUCGUGAUGGUUUACCUCGUGCGGAUCCUGGAAACGAGCAGUCACCUCUCUUGGGCGAGUCAUCUACCAGCAGCAGCUCUGAAGGCAUCAGAAAUGGCAGCAAAGCCCCUAUAUUACACCUUCUGGGCUCUGCGCGCUUGCUCACCUCAUUGCUCAUCACUGCUACGGUCGGAUUCACACUCGGGGUUGUAGAGACAACAAUUCCAUUGUUCGUCAUGGAGAAGUUUCAUUGGUCUUCCAAAGGCGCAGGUUUGAUUUUCCUAGCUCUUUCAAUUCCCAGUCUAACUGGAGGCUGGGUGGGAAGGAUGCUGGAUCGCAUAGGCAGCCGCGGCUCUGGAUUCGGCUCCUUGGUUGUAACUGGAAUUGCCCUCUUCUUCCUUCGCUUCGUCCAGCAUGACAGCGAUACCGAUAAGGCUCUCCUGGUGGCAUUACUCGUCGUGAUUGGCUUCACCGUCCUGAUGAUCCAAAUCAUUUCUAUGACCGAGGUGUUCCAGGCCAUUCAAGCCUAUGCUCUCUUCAACAUGGCUACGGCCACUGGGCAGCUCACUGGUCCUCUUGUUGGGGGCCUCGUUCGCAUUCACGUGGGCUGGGCAGGAAUGACUUUGACCAGUGCUAUACUCUGCUUCUUAGUCGCAGUUCCUGUUGCACGCUACACUGGAUCUUCUAGACCCAAAGUGGAAGAUGAGCAGUCUACUGACAAUCAUGUUGAGGUUUGA